UUCUUUCCUUCACCAUCAUCUUCAGACCAUCAUCGGAGCCUAUUGCAGUAUUAGAUAUAGUAUUUCUUUGAUAAUAUAUAUACUGAGGCUAAGGAAAACUCCUCCUGAUUCUACUGCCUUUCCCAACUUGCAGGGGCGUUGAAGAACAGCUUUAGUCAUAAAACAAUCCCUGCUCCUUAAUUGGUCCCCCUUUUACGGGCAAAAUAAUCUCUGGUUAGACUAGUCUAGAUUCCUGUAAUCCUUUCUACCUGCCUUGGCACGCGGGAUUGCCUGUCUUCUGUUUACCAUCACAAAUAUACUUAUAGGAUUGCCGUUAUUGUCUGCUAUUGCUCCCCUAUAAAGCGCAUAGAACUUAGUCUUAAACUACCCAUUUAUCAAACAGCAACAUGAGCUCCGUUAGUGCGAUGAGUAGUGCAGAGUUUCCGUUCUUAUCACUACAUCUUUUAAGCCACUCAUUCUCGGGAAUCUUCUUCACUCAUCGAUUCGACUUCGAGAACCUCAUUCUGGGGGAACACUCCACCACCAACAGUUGGAUACAAAAAAACGCCGUGUUGGUGUUAAGACGGUGGACGGAGUGGUUCACCGGGCCACAUGGAUUUUAUAUAAUCAGUUUCUUCAUCUUGGGCCUCCUUAUCUACGACGCACUCCGACCACGUCCCUUGAAUGGGAUUCCAACGUCAGGUCGCUACUGUUGGGCCCUUGGAGAUAGCGGUGCGCUCUAUCGCCACAUGAAGUUGAACAAAACGCGGACCACCUUCUUCACCGAUCAAGCGAACCGCGUCGGCCCCUUGAGCCAAGUAAUGCUUGGGCCGGCGGGGAGCUGGUUUGGAAGGCUGACCGGUUUGGGCUCCCACAUCGUCGUCCUCGCCGAUGGCCAACAGCUUGUUGAAGUGUGUGCCAAGAGGUCGCGAGAGUUUCCGGACCCAGGCUUGACUCUGGAUAUCUAUAAGGGCAUCAUUCCCAAUGGCCAAUUAGCCCUCCCAACCGGUCCAGCAUUCAAGCAUCAUCGUCGAGCUAUAGCACAUUCAAUGUCCUCCUCCCACCUCUCGCAAGUGACUCCAAAAAUCACCAACUCCGUCAUUGAGCUCAUUCAAUUAUGGAAAAAACGGAGUCAAAUUCUCGAUGAAAGUGGAGAAAAGUACUUCAAAGCAGCCCAAGAUCUAAGGUUGAGUACGAUGGAUACCAUCUCAGACAUCAUAUUCGGUAAACCUUUCGGUGUGAUGAGUGCCAGGCUUGUUCACCUUGAGAAUUCCAAUGGUGCCUUAUCUGCGGAUGCCAGGCCUCAGUUCCCGACUCUGGCGCGUGCCUUGAAUGUCAUCGUCGCUGAGGUCGCUCGUUGCUACCUUUCACCAUCAAAGUCACUUUUCUGGUUCAUUCAGAGACUUUUCAAUAGGGAAUGGCGUCAAGCCAAAUCCACGGUCUUCGGCUAUCUGAAGAAUGAAGUGGAAAAAGAACGGAUAACUCUCUCGGAGGAGCAAAGUUUUGGAGGUGCCGACUCCAAGGACCCAGAUAAUGUUGACAGUGUACUUUCGCUAUUGGUCAAAGACGAGCACUUGUCGAAGUUGAGAGGCGAGAAACCGCUCAGCACGGAUGAGAUCACCCAGGAGCUCCUAGUCUAUUGGGUUGCUGGUCAUGGUACAAUGGCCUGUACUUUGGCAUGGGCGGUCAAACUGCUAUCGAACAAUCCAGAAGUACAAUAUAAACUCCGCGAUCAACUAGUCAACACACUCCCGAGCCUGAAUGAACGUUCCCCGACCUUUUCCGACUUGAAAGUUUGCAGCUCCGAUCUUGGCUAUCUUGAUGCGACCUGCUUUGAAAUCCUGCGCUGCGGGAAAGUACUUGGAGAAGUUUCGCGAACUAGCCGAGUGGAUACAAUGGUGAUGGGGCAUGUUAUUCCCAAGGAUACUGUCGUGAUGAUGCCUCACAGUCGUCUAAGUAGUCCGCAAGAAUCUGAAUCCGAAUUUCGACCGGAGCGCUGGAUUGAUGGUGAUGGAAAAUUCGAUGCACAGCUUCCUGGUCCUCUGCAUGUUUUUGGUCAUGGGCAACGUGGCUGCUUCGGAAAAAAUCUUGCGGUUUUGGAGUUGAAGUUAUAUAUCGCCAUGCUUUGCAUGGAACUAUUCUUUGAUCGAGUGCCGGACGAUGUUAAUUCUAUGGACGCCAUAGAAUUGGUGGCUAAUCACCCGCAAACCUGUGUUAUUCGGCCGAUACCUUGGUCAAAAAUCAGCAACGACUCAACGCAGCAUCUGUGAAACCCGACAUCUGUACCAUCAAGCAAUAGCCACUUAUAGACUCACCCCUCCAUUUACAUCGUUUUUUCCAUGAUAUAUUCAUGUCCCUCUUCAACCAUAGACUUCCCUCCUCAUCCCAUCACUUCGAUUUUCUUUCAAAAAUCUUUCACUCUGCAAACCAAUUGUUACAAACCCAAAUCUGAGCAUCAUCACAGCGGUUUUCCAUCUUUGCAUCUUAACCAAAAAUACAUGUUCUCCAGUUAGUUACAUUUCUUCAGAUUAAUAGAAAUUUAAUGGGCUAACGGCCAAAUUUUUUUGUAUUUCCUUGAAGAUUCAUUCAUGUUCUUUGGCAGUUCAGUUGAUAUAAUAAUAACUCACAUUUGC